AUGUGGCAGCGAGUUCAGAACCUGGGCCACCGAAACUUGGGUUACGCCGGUUACGAAGUGACAGAUGCUGAGUUCCCUUUCAUGCACGUGGUUACACCCGUGGUUACACCCGACAGAUACCUCCUGGCAGCAAGUGAUGCUUUGAAAGUCGCCUCAUGGUCAAUGGGGAUCCUGUGGAUCGCCGCCAGGGUCUACCAGCUCAGAUUUUUUCGGGUUUUUCCUAUAGGCUGUUGGUCCGGCUACUACGACUACGAGCAUUGUUGUUUGGCCAAUCGGAGUUCCCAAAGCUGGGUCGACAUCAUUUUACGUGAGAUCGAUACGGAUCAAUUCUAUGGCAUGGAUGAGUUCUACACCGAUUCCCAGUACGGCAACGAUUUCGGAUACUAUUCGACCGGCCGUGUAUUGGGCAAGAGCGACGGGAAGACGGCGCAGGAGUUUGCACACUACACCACCUAUCCCAUGGCGUUGUCGCCGCACUUCGGGCGAGUGCUUUGCCGUUUGGUCUUCAUCAUGUGGAUUCAGAUGAAAGAGAAAGCGCCCUUUCGUGUCGUGGAGAUGGGUGCAGGAAGUGGUCAACUGGCGCAUGACAUCCACGUCUGCGUGAAGCGCAACGAGUUGGGCAUCGAACCCGCAGUGUGGAGGCGCUUCGUGGGUGCAUUUGAGUACGUCAUCGUUGAGAGGUCCCCAGCCCUUGCGCGGCGGCAACGCGAGCGGGGCCUCAAAGUGGUCAACGGCGAUGCGCAGCGCAAGGACAGCUGUCCCUCGGUCUUGCGCGCGUUGGCGUCCUCGGACGCCUGUAGCGCCGCCUUCAGUAGCGCGCCGGAGUGUCAGGUCUCAGAUCGCGCGGACAAACACACGGCCGCCUCGGUGGUCUUGAGCAACGAACUGCUCGACGCUUUCGCGCCGGUGAAGCUGCAGCUGAGCAUCUACGGCCAACCGGUGGUGACCCAUUGCAGGGCAUGGCAAGAGAUUCGCAUGGUGCACAUCAUCAAGUUGAAAGAUCUUGAGUCCAUUUCCCAGGCUCUCCACCAUUCGGAGGACAGGAUCAGCGCCAUGGCAAUGGACCUGGAGGGCUACACCAACGAGGUCUUUUGCCGGGUGACCAACACCUCUGUGGGCCAGGCUGCCAUGGCCUGUGCGCCCACCAGCAGUUGCUUGGCCAUGGUCAUCGCCCUCAGCGAGAUCAUGAAUCACCAUGACCUACACCUUCCCGCGGCAGCACACAACAUGCGGCUGCGUUUGCGGAAGGAUGCAGAGCUUUGUCAACGUCUUCAGGGAAUGGUCAGCGAAUUGGAGGAGAAUUUCCAGAACUCUGUGGUGCUCCCUCGGCAGGUCUAUCGAAUGCUUCGACACCAAUUGCGGGAGGCGGUGGACUUGGAGCUGCUGUUCCUGACCUCCGCCACGACACGGCAGGUGCCCGUGCCCUUAUCGGAACGGCGCUGUGAGGACUUGAAGUGGUGGUUUGAGGUGCAUGAGGCUCGAAUUCAGCGCCUCAUCGACAUCUACAGGCCCUUGGGUUAUCCCAAUAUCCAACUCCUGCUGCGUCCUGGAGAGCGCAACUUCGUUGAGCUGGUCGAUUGCUUGAUCGGCAAGGAAGGUUUCAUGCUGGCCGUGGACUAUGGUGCAACCUUUGAGGUGGGUGUCAUUCACUUUUCAAUCGACCCACGAUUUCCGUCCCUCCCCCCUCUCCGUCGAAGUCCUGCCGCCAUGGCGGCGCUGUUUCAGCAGCUCUUCACCCGCGAGCAGGGCCUGGGACGGCGCCCCUCCUAUUCCCUGCAGAAGCUGCAGGCGCUGCACGACAGGUUGCAGUCGAUCCUGGAGACUGACGAGUCCGCGGAGGCGGUGGAGGUGAUCCGCUCCAUGACCGAGGCGCUGCUCUGGGGCGAGCAGAACGAUGACAAUGAUCAAUUCUUUGAUUUCUUUUGCGAGAACUGCAUUUUGUCGGAUUUCGUUCAGAUCUUGGGCCGAAACGUGCCCAAGACCGUGAAGGUGCAGUUGCUGCAGAGCCUCUCGAUGUUGAUCCAGAACAUUCGCAGGCCGACGUCGUUGUACUACCUCUUCAGCAACAACUACGUAAACCAACUCAUCGCCACUCAAUUCGACUGGUCCGAUGAGGAGAUUCUUAGUUACUACAUCAGUUUUUUGAAGUCUUUGGCUCUGAGACUAAACCAAGAGACCGUGAAGUUCUUCUUCAACGAGCGCUCCCAACAGUUCCCGCUCUUUACGGAGGCGAUCCGUUUCUUCAGUCACCGGGACCAGAUGGUACGAACCUCGGUGCGCAACAUGACGCUGCGCGUCUUUCGCCUGGACGACGAGGCCAUGCAGCGCUUCGUACUACGGGUGGCCAGGCCCUACUUCCAGCGGCUCUCAGAAUAUCUGGCGCUGCUGUGGUGUCAACUGGAGGAAGCCCGUGGCUCCUCCGCGAUGGAAGAAGCCAAUGACGAACAGCAGGAUCUGCUGAUGUACAUUUGCGACGUCUUAGAGCUGAACAACCAGCAACUGAACGUCAUCGUGGUGCAGCAGUUCCUACAGCACGCGUGCUAUCCCUUUCUGCUUCACAGUGUGUGGAGCGACGCGCCGGAGCUGUUGAGCUGUCGCACCGCUCUUUUCUUGUUCCACGAGAUCUUCCAGGGCGUCCAACGUCGCGACGUCGUGGAGCCCUUGGCGCUGGCCCUGCUGAGCGACGGCGACGACGCAACGAGCGGCGCGGCGGUGUGUUCGGCACCGCGGCGGCCGGAGAUCCUGGAGGUCUGGGAGCCUUUCAAAGUAGAGGACGACCCGAAGGCGGCUCCAUCAGAGCCACCGCUGCGUCUGCGUGGCAAGAUGCUGCAGCUGCUGCGGUCCGAGGAAGCCUUGCUGACGGCAGGCGUCUUCAGAUCCUGUCUGAGUUUGGGGAUCAGCAAUCUUCUGCCUUCCGAGCUCUUGGUGGAUACAGGCCUGUUGCCGCCAGUGCCCCGGUCGCGCCCCACGACGCCGGCCACGCCCCUGGAAGUCUUGCUGAUGGCAGCGGAAGCCUUGGAAAAUCACUCCGCGAUGAGUAUGCUGGUGGUUCAAGCUUUGUGUCGUUUGUGCAUGGAUGUGGCCUUCACGCCGCAGGCGCGCAGUCUGAGCGGCGCCAAGGACUGGACGCAUCGGCCCAAGGCGGCCGUCGGCCGCGCCAUGCAGGGCGCGGCGCGGCAGGUUAGAAGUUUCAUCCACAACCUUGGAGAUGCCUUUCUGGACAUCUUCGCGGAGGUCUGGGACUUGGACCACGAAGCGGCUCCUCUGCCCGAGCUCUGCAAAGCCACACUGAGUUUGGCCACGGAGAAAUCCGCGGCCGAGUCGGAUAGCCAACAGGCCUUCAAAGCCGUACGUGUGAUGCUGAUGCUCCGACGUUUCCACAGCGACCUUUCCGAGGGCGGCGGUUCGCCGCGCCACGGCGGCUACCGGGCCGCUGCGCCCGUGGCGACGGGCGCCGAGGGCGGCGGCAUCAUCGAUUCGGCGCUGACCCCGUUGAGUGGAUCUGAGUCGCCUUUGCAGAUUCCGGAGGAAGAGUUCAAUACCUUGGGAGGCAACUCCUUCCAACUGGGCCGCAUGGACCGCAUCGUCUGUGGAAUCGUCACGCCGGAGGGCAGGCACUCGCGCUACAUGAUUCUGCAUCACUAUUUGCUACUCUUGGUGCAACCCGACAUCCUGACCCCUGGCUACGCCGUGGUGAAGACCCUGGUGCCUUUACGAUAUGUGGAGCCCUUGGACUGCUCCGAUCCGAGGCAGUUGUGUUUGAAAGCCAAGAAUCUGGAGGAACCUGGGGAGAGCAUGACGAUCAACUUGACCUUUGAGGACACGAAGCGAUGUUCGAUCGCCGAGUCGCACCUCAUGAAACAUCGAAAACAGGUGCGCGAGCGCCUCUGCAAAAAAGUCCUGGACUUCACGGAGAAACUCUGCGAAGCUUUCGGGGAGGCCGAGGCCUCGUGACGCCCAAGAUCGCCAGCUGCCUUGCGGCG